CCCUCCGAGUACUUGAAAACUUUUCAGGAGAACGAUAAGCGGAUGAAGGAGCUACUUUUAGAGGAAUUUAGCGAUAUCCGGCGAGAGUCUGACAUGACAGAAAGUAUUUUGGGCACAUACUUCAUCACCUUUGAUCGAAUUACGAAACAGAUGCCGACAGCCGGGUAUCUCCUGCGGCUAAUCGCCUUCUUUGAUCGUCAAAAUAUACCCGAGCAGCUCCUGCGCGAGUCUGGCGUUGAAGGGAUGGAUGGAUGGAUUCAAUUUCGUCGUGCGAUUUCCAAACUAGUGGGAUUCUCAUUGGUUACAACCACCGAACAUGAAGAUAAGACCUUCUAUGAACUUCAUCGUUUAAUCCGGCUAUCGAUACAUGCCUAUUUGUCACCGGAAGAGUUGAAUAAAUGGAGUUCCACCGCACUGGGGCUAGUUUCCCGAAUGUUCCCUGAAUAUCAGUACGAGCUGAGGGAUAUUUGCCAGGCAUAUAUUCCACAUGCACUUGCGGUAACCAAUGGUAGAACGGAUACUAUUGCUGAAGAUCUUUGUUUUCGCAUGGCAGAGUACUUUCUACAUUUGGGUUCCUACAACAGUGCAGAAGCACAGAUCCGUCGAUGUAUCAGGUUUCGCGAGGAGAACAAAAAGCAAGGCCAGGAUAAAGGUUUCAGGAGAUUUAUGCUGCUAGGGCGGGUGAGCGCGCACCAAGGCAGGGCAAAGGAGGCAGAGGAGAUACUUCGGAAUGUACUUGAGGAUCUUCGCCCGUCACUGGGUCCAAACCAUUCUGACACCUUGGAAUGCUUAUCCUACCUAGCAAGUGUGAUGAGUGAUCUCGGAAAGUACGAUGAAUCAGAGACCAUGAAUCGGCACGCACUCGAGGUGCGUGAGAGGGUUCGUGGACCUGAUCACCAAGACACUCUAACCAGUGCCAUUAACCUAGCUCUGGCGCUGCAAUACCAAGGAAAGUAUGAUGAAUCAGAGGC